AUGGAUGACAGUGAUUUGAAACGUGCGUUAUCGUUGGGUAGAACAAAUUGUGACCUUCCGCCAAUCAGAUCGCGAGUAGUGCGUAUAUUUACAAGCUCAACGUUCACAGAUACUUAUGUUGAACGAAAUGCUUUGAUGCAAGAUGUUUAUCCAAAACUAAGAGAUUACUGUAAAUCAAAAUAUGGAUUAGAGUUUCAAGUCGUGGAUAUGAGAUGGGGAGUACGAGACGAAGCCACAGAUGAUCACAUGACGUCACAGUUAUGUAUGAAUGAAAUUGAGGAAUGCAAGAGAAUAUCUGAUGGUCCAACGUUUGUGGUGUUUUUGUGUCAGAAAUAUGGCUACCGACCAUUCCCGGCCAAAAUACCAGCUGAAGAAUUCGAAUCAAUGAGAAAUGUUUUAACCAGAGAAGGAAAGUCAGUUGAUGUAAUGGACGAAUGGUUUCAAAAAGACAACAAUGCUGUUCCACCAGUUUACGUACUCCAAAAAAUCAGCUCAAAAUUGUGUCAUUUUAAUGACAAUGGCGAUCCAGAUAAAAUGGCAAAGGACAGAGCGAAAUGGGAAGACGUGCGUAUAACGCUACAAGAGAAACUCAGACAUGCCUCGACCAUAUGCAGUAGUACUGGUGCUAUGAGUGUAAAAGUAGCUGACAAAUACAAGAUUUCGGUCACUCACGACGAGGUUAUGCGUGGUCUAUUCGAUGCCAGUUUACCAAGAGAAGACCAUUGUCUUUGUUUCAUAAGAAAGUUCAAAGAUUUGGAGAAUAAAACAGUUACGGAAGAAGUUAGACAAUUCCUGGACAUCACCUCUACUGACGAAAUUGACGAGGAAGCACAACUGCUGCUAUCAGAUUUGAGAGACAAAUUAGUACCCAAGGUUUUGCCAAAAUCCAAUGUAUUUGAAUCCGUAUUAUCAAAUUGGUCAAGUGGUGGAGUCAAUGUGGACAUACUAGAGCAUAAAGAGUACUUGGACACAUUCUUACAUACGUUUUAUGAGAAGCUUAUAAGUUUGAUUGCCAAAGGUGUAGAAAGGGACAAGAAUAACAUCAGCAAAGAUCCGAUGUUCGAAGAAAUAAUGCAGCAUCUCAUCUUUUGUAAGUUGAAGUGUAAAUUAUUUUAUGGACGCAAUGAUUUGUUGUCAGGAAUAGAAGAUUACAUCAAUGGGAGAUUAGAAGACAACACAACAAAAUCAUCUCCAAUGGUCAUCUAUGGUCAAUCUGGUAGUGGUAAAACAUCAGUUAUGGCAAAAGCAGCUUUGUGCGCAGGGUCUGAGUGGUAUGGAUUAACACAGGCAGCAAUAAUAUUGAGAUUCAUUGGUACAACUCCAGCUAGUACAAGUAUCAGGCAAUUGAUAAAGUCUGUGUGCUUGCAGAUAUUAACCAUAUAUGAUGACACUCAACAUGUUCCAUCUGACUACUUUCAACUAGUGCGAUUAUUUUCACAGCUACUGCAAUAUGCUACAAAGGAAAAACCAAUAGUAAUAUUCCUUGAUUCGUUAGAUCAGCUUUCACCUGCAGAUGGUGCUUAUAGAAUGGCCUGGCUCCCACGAUACCUGCCACCAUACGUUGCGAUGAUAGUAUCAACAUUGCCGAAUGAAAACAACAUAUUGACUACACUGAGGUCUAUUUUAUCAUCAACUAUGACUAGAUAUGCUGAGGUUAAAGAACUGUCCACUAAUGAGAGUUUGAAUACCAUGACGUCCUGGCUACAAUCCAAGGAACGAGUAAUCACCAGUGAACAACAACGUACAAUAUGCCAUGCAAUUCAGAAAUGUAGCCUACCACUUUACCUCAAACUGUUGUUUGAUCAAGCUUCAAGUUGGCAGUCAUACAUACCAGACUCAAAGAUAAAUCUGCAGACAUCAGUAAAAGGAAUGAUUGCAGUAAUUUUUGACCGUCUUGAAGAAUAUCAUGGUAAGGCAUUAGUGUCCCAUGCCUUGAGUUACAUGACCAUUUCACAGAAUGGUAUUGGAGAGGCUGAGUUAGAAGACUUACUGUCAUUGGACGAUGAAGUAUUACAAGAAGUCUAUGCUUACUGGCUCCCACCAACAAGGAGGAUACCUCCAUUACUGUGGACACGUAUUCGAGCUGACAUCAAUGAUUAUCUAGUAGAACGAGAAGCAGAUGGUCUAAGAACUAUCUACUGGUACCACCGUCAGUUUAUUGAAACUGUCAGAGAGCGAUAUCUACAAGAUAUCAACAUGCUUUCUAAAUUUCAUCAACUUUGUACAGAAUACUAUUUAGGAACGUGGAGUGGGGGGAGGGCGAAACCAUUUGAAUAUACAGAAGAACAAGUGAAGAAGUUCAUGAGACCAAAACAAGCUGAGGCAGAUAGGAAAGUUGAAGCACAGCCCUUGAAAUUCAGUGAUGAUAUGUAUAAUAUAAGAAAAUUACAGCAGCUGCCAUACCACCUUAUUCAUGCUAGAGAUGUAGACAAGUUGAAGGAGCAUGUGUUAUGCAACUUUGAUUUUAUAAUAACUAAACUGAAAGGCAUGUCUUUGGCAGAUAUUUUACAAGAUUUUACUAUGGCUCUUGAAGAAUAUGACGAUGAUGCAAUAAGAUCAGUUGACGACCUGCUGAGAGUUGGAGCAUCAACCUUAAGGGAAGAUCCUGAUUAUCUUGCCAUUGAACUGAUUGGAAGACUUAAAAGUUCUCAGAAUAUCCACAUUGCAAAGCUGAUCUCUGAUGCAGAGAAGUCUUCUCUUGGGAAUGUCCCUCUAAUACCAUACAACCAGUGCUACCCUGAACCAGGUGGAUUAUUGCGGACUCAGCUCUCUUGUCAUUCAGAUGAGGUGUUAUCACUGGCACAUACAUCGGAUGGCCGUUUUUUAGUUAGUGGAUCCAAGGACAUGACUGCUAUUGUAUGGGAUUUGGAAAAUAGCACUCCACUUCACACAUUGAAAGGUCAUCACCAACAUCCUAUAACAAAGAUAGGCAUUACAGCCGAUAACUUAUUAACAGUUACAUAUGGAUAUGGUCAAGAAUACACAAAUGAUGAAAUACAUGUAUGGAAUAUAGAGACCGGAGAACAUUUCUUGGAAUUAAAUGGUCAUACUGGAAUGGGACGUUGUGAUGUGCGAUUCACACAGGACUCCAAAUUUGCUGUGAGUGAUAUGUUUGCCAGAAUAAAAGAAAAGCGAAUUACGUAUUCACACUACUUUAUAGUUUGGAGUUUAGAGAAUGGCAAGCAGUUAUACGAGAAAGUAGAAUUAAAAGGUAAGAUCAAUGAAAUUGUCUUAGCAACAAUGUCUGACGGGCGCCAAGUAAUAGUGACAUGUGGUGAGCGCAAGGAAUGUGCCAUUGAGAUUUGGAAUCUACUAACAGGAGAACUAAUAAAAGCAGUUAUGGACAGAAGACGGAUUGACCAUCGCCCCUGCAAGAAAAUGGCAGUAUCAUCCAAUGGUCAGUUGAUUGCAUUCCACUUUCAUCAUCCAGGUAUCCUAGAUGUCAACACUGGGGAAUUCAUAUAUAUAUGUGAUGAUACGGGUGAUCCAAAGAUGGUGUGUUUCUUCAAUGAAGACAAAGAAGUAAUAUUCCAACGUGAUCACAUAUCUUUAUAUAGCAUAGCUGAAAAGAGAGUGGUGCGAUCUCUAAAGAUGUAUGGUGGAAGCAGUAAAGAAAUUAAAGAAAUAUGCUUUACCAAAGAUUUGGUAACUAUUGUAUCAGUACAUGAUGGUUUUGAGUGUGCUACUGUGUGGAAUUCACAUAUGAAUGAGCAACGUAUGAAGAGUUCUGAUUGUGAACUGUUAUCUUUCCUUCCACACAAUAAACAAAUCAAUUCUAUACGCCUUAUUGAAAAUAAACAUUCAACAUUUGCCGUCACUGGAUCAGCAGAUAAAAACAUAAAUGUGUGGAAUAUUGCUAGUCUCUUGAAGUCAGCCAACCAGGGAUCAAAGCUUGACUAUAGCAAGGACACUAAAACAUACUCCGAAAGAAAACCGCUAUUGAAGCACAUUACCCACAGGCUUGAAGUACUUGAUAAUGAACAACGUGUUGCAGUCAUAGAUAACCAUGGACAAAAUAUAUCAUUAUAUGAUAUAUCAAACGGAAAAGAAAUUGCAACUCAAAAGUGGGAAGGCACACACAAGCAUGAACUAGAUGGUUUAGCUUCAAUGUCUGAUGGCAAGAGGUUGUUUGCAAUUGGAUUUUUUGCACUGAGAGAAUACAACACAGUGAAUCUAAAACCUCUUUCAGAGAAACCAAAACGAUUGGAUCCAAACUGUAACAGUAUAUUGAUUCCGGGUGAUGGCAGUAUGUCUUUAUUACUUGGUGGAAGUAAUUAUGUGGACACAAUCUAUAUAUAUGACAUCAACAAGGAAUGGUAUAUGGAAACAUACAGACCUCCUAGUAGACCCCAGCACAUAUUUAUUUUAAGUGGACAUCGGAUGCUUCUACCAUGCACAAACGAUUUAGCUAUGGUUGAUUUGACAACAGGAGACAGUAUCUACAGUCAUCAUUACAGACAACGCUCUGGUGAUUCAAGCUUGAUUUGUGGGGCUAUUGCAAGUGAUGAGUCAAUGCUGAUAACAGGAUGGGACAAUGGUCAUAUAAAGGUAAUCAAAAUUGAAUCUGGAGAAAUUGUAUACGAAUUCCAGGCACAUGAAAUAACUAAGAAAAAACGUCAAGCUGAUAUAAUUUCAGAAAUAGCCCUGUCCUCUGAUGAUUUCUUUUUUGUGAGUUCAUCCAGCGACAAUACGUCUAAGCUGUGGUGGAAUAUAAAAUCAUUGGAGCUCCGUCACGUGUUUCAUGGUCACACCUCUCCUGUCAAUACUACGCGUAUUACUGCAGACAACCUUUAUGUAUUGACAUCAGCAAGUGCCGAGAUGAAUGUCAAAGUCUGGAGUGUUGCAUCAGGUCACCAAUUGACUGCUAUAUUAGGAUAUUCCCCCAUUGAUGGGUUAUAUAUUUUGCCCCAAACAAACAAGGUUAUCAUAACAACAUCAGAUGAGAGAGUUAUGUUUUUCAAUGUGUGCAAGAUAUCCAACCAUGCCAAGUCUCGCAAUGUUAAUGAUCAGCCAGCGAUUUCAGUUCCUGUAGUGCCAUCUGAAAAUAGAGUUCCAGUAAUCCGCAAUACAGCCCCGGGCACACAGAAGGGUGAUUUGAAUCAUCAGCGAAUACAGAAUCGUGUUCCACUACCUCCUAUAAUAUCUGAACCACAAUCAAAUGAACUGAAACUACCAAACCAAGCUCUCAAAGUUAAAAUUAAUCAGCCACUACCAGUAACAUUGGCAACACCGCGUAAUUACUAUGCAACAAGUCCGUAUCAACAAUCACCUACUAAAACAUUUAGUAAAAAGCACAUUGGACUAAAACCAAGGACACUACAAAAUCAACAACAAGAAGAUACUGUCAGGGACCCGUUAGUGUUAUACAGCAAAUCGAAACAAACAAUUGGUGGACCACCUUGUACCCAACUUGUAGGUCAUUAUGAUGAGGUUUUAUCACUAGCAGUUACUUCUGAUGGCAAGUAUCUUGUUAGUAGCUCCAAGGAUAUGAUGGUAAUGAUAUGGGAUUUGGAAAAUAAUUCACCUCUUUACACACUGGAAGGUUAUCACCGAUAUCCAAUAUUGAAGAUUUCAGUAACACCUAAUGACUUAUUGGCUAUCACAUAUGGAUAUGGGCAGAACAUUGUAAAUGAUGAAAUUAUGGUGUUCAACAUCAAAGAUGGUGAACAUGCAUUUGACCUCAAAGGGCAUUAUGGUGUCAGAAAGUGUGAAAUACAGUUUACGAAUGAUUCAAAGUAUGCUGUGAGUGACCUUAUCACUAAAAUAAAAGAAGGUAGAACAACUAAAUAUAAAUACUACUUCAUAGUAUGGAGUUUGAAAGAUGGGAAACAAAUAUAUGAUGCAAUAAAUGCACAUACAGGUACGACAUAG